AUGGCUCCUCCCGCGGAUCCAGACAUCAGUCCUCCGCCCACAACGGAGGAUGCCUGGCAUCUCCUCUACAACCCCUUCGGGGCUACCAUCAACGUUGACGACACCCAUCCAGAGAAUCCCAUCCAGAUGUUUCUUCUGCGACCUCUCUAUGCACCCCUUCUGUUCUCUAAUGUUUCAUCUGAUGCCCGCGACCAUUGUGCCAACGAAAGAACGUUUUUAUCCUGGCUUCGGCUAUCCAUCUACAUGGCCGUUGUCGCCGUCGCCAUAUUCGUCAACUUCCAUCUGAAGAGCCAGCCUACCUCCCUGGAAAGGCGGUUAUCGCAUCCACUCGGAAUCAUCUUCUGGAUCCUUUCGCUGGCGUGUCUGCUGAGCGGAUUGGGCAUCUACAUGCGGACAGUCACAAAGUAUGCGAGACGACGGGCAUUGGUCCAGACGGGGAUGAAAACACAGAUCAUCUUUGGGGUAGUGUCGACGGCGAUUAUUGCAGCUUGUGCGUUAUUCUUGGGGGCCGAAGUGCAGGCAUCGAGACAACGGCAGGCUGCCGCUGCCGCGAGUGUAAUAUAUCGUACUUGA